AUGAUCCAGGAGCUGUUCGAGGACAAGAGGCCUCAAGAUAUCACGAUGAUGCCGCUGAUGGGAAAUGACUGGGAUGCGCACACCGGCGCCUGCCUGCAGACGCUAGAGGGCCAUGACAGUCAGGUCAACUCAGUGGUGUUCUCCCACGACAGCAGCCGCGUGGCGUCUGGGUCAGACGACAAAACAAUCAAGAUCUGGGAUGCACACACCGGCGCCUGCCUGCAGACUGUUGAGAUCGGAUCUGCAGUAUCCAAUCUCUCCUUCGACGCUACUGGCUCUUGCCUUCAUAGCGAUACUGGUAACAUCGCUCUACGCGACCCACCGACACCUGCUCCUACUAUUUCCAUAGAAGGCGCCGCUUCAGAGCUCCAAUCACUGUCAGCCAGUCAACCGCCGCAGACCCCUGAGUACCGAGGUUACGGUAUCAGUUCUGAUUCGCUCUGGAUCACAUGGCAUUCGCAGAACUGGCUAUGGCUGCCUCCCAUGUAUCGCCCUGUAUGCUCUGCCGUAGGACAGUCCGGGUCAGCCUUGGUACUUGGCUGCCACUCUGGGCGCGUGCUAAUCUUUCGCUUCGCGGAUGAGGAUCGCAGCUGA